AUGGCGGGAAAAAUGACUUUGUACAAAUUGGUCGUGCUUGGAGACGGAGGUGUCGGCAAGACUGCCCUCACCAUUCAGCUCUGCCUCAACCACUUUGUCGAAACAUACGACCCGACAAUCGAGGACUCAUACCGCAAACAGGUCCAAAUUGACGGCCAAUCAUGCAUGCUCGAGGUCUUGGACACGGCCGGACAGGAGGAAUACGUGUCGCUCAGAGACCAGUGGAUCCGCGACGGCGAAGGCUUCGUCCUGGUAUACAGCAUAUCCUCGCGCGCCUCGUUCCAACGCAUCAAGAAGUUUUACAGCCAAAUCCAACGCGUAAAGGAUUCUGCACAAGCUGGUUCGCCUACCUACCCUGGCUCACCCAGCCUCUCGGCCCCCGCCGCAUCCGGUCCCGCUCCCGUCAUGCUUGUCGGCAACAAGUGCGAUCGCGUCACUGAGCGCGAGGUGUCAACUCAGGAAGGCGCUGCUCUCGCUCGUGAACUGUCCUGCGAAUUCGUCGAGGCUUCAGCUAAGAACUGCGUCAACGUCGAAAAGGCUUUCUACGAUGUCGUCCGCCAAUUACGCCGCCAAAGACAUAACUCCACCGGUGGCAGAAGCGGCGACCGUAAGAAGGAUUCUGGACGCUUGCACACCGGUAGCAGCGGUGGCACUGUCAAGAAGUCCAAACGCUCUGGCGGAAAGUGUGUCAUCCUCUGA